GGAGAUUUUUAGUUUUAACAGAGACCUUCUUUUCCUAUUUUUGUAAAGUUAACAUUUUUCCCAUUUUCUCUUCGCUUUUUCUCAAUUUUAUUUUCCCUAUCUCUCUUCAAAAUCAAUUCACAAAAGCCAUCAUUUUUUAGGGUUUAUCAAAACUUGAAGAUCAGCCCUUUAAUUUCUAGGGUUUUCUAUUACAUUCCCAGAUCUUUCAUUUUUUCAAUGUAAGUUUUGUUUCUUCGUUUCAAUUCAAAAUAGUUAUGGAACUGUACAUGCAUAGACCCGUCAAUUUAGCCCUUUAGGGAUAUUUAUUAAUCAACUGUGAAUAUGCCUUCGUUUUGAAGUGUUUCAUUAAUUUAAAAGUUGGAGGUUUAAUUCAUUAUUUUAGGGGUUUUCUUCUUCUUUUGAGUUGGGGUUAGGGUUAGGGAUUGUUUUUUUAAGUAGAUAUGAUCAAGCAGAUACUUGGUAAGUUACCUCGAAAGCCUUCAAAAUCGUCUAAUAACGACUCGAAUAAUGAUGGUGGGGUCAAUGCCUACUCUUCUCAUGGAACAAAUUCUGUGAACAAUUAUAAGUCAUCAACUGCCUCUUCCAAGUCUUCGAAUUCGGGUUUGGUGGGGGGUUCCCGUACGAACAAUGGGAGUAUUGCCCCGCAGAAUAAAGCUAAUCAGGGUAAAAAAUUAGCUCCUGGGGCUGGCCAAGUUGGGCCUAUGUUGGCUUCUGGAGCUUAUGAGGCAUUGCCUAGUUUCAGGGAUGUUCCGAAUUCGGAAAAGCAGAAUUUGUUUCUUAAGAAGUUGAAUAUGUGUUGUGUCGUGUUUGAGUUUGACUAUAGUGAUCCUUCCAAAAAUCUCAAGGAGAAGGACAUUAAGAGACAAACGUUGCUUGAGCUUGUUGAUUAUAUUUCUUCAGCGACAUCAAAGUUCAAUGAGGUGACAAUGCAAGAAAUUACAAAGAUGGUGGCUAUUAACUUGUUUAGAGCACUUCCUUCUGCAAAUCUUGAUAACAAGAAUCUAGAAAUGUUUGACCCUGAAGAGGAUGAACCGACUAUGGAGCCAGCUUGGCCUCAUCUUCAAGUUGUUUAUGAAUUUCUUCUUAGAUUCGUGGCUUCUACAGAGACAGAUGCAAAGCUUGCAAAGAGAUACGUUGACCAUUCCUUUGUGUUGAGAUUGCUUGAUUUGUUUGAUUCUGAGGAUCAGAGGGAGAGGGAGUAUCUGAAGACUAUAUUGCAUCGCAUUUACGGAAAGUUUAUGGUACAUCGGCCAUUUAUUAGGAAAGCUAUAAACAAUAUCUUUUAUCGGUUCAUAUUUGAGACGGAGAGGCAUAAUGGAAUUGCAGAGUUGCUUGAGAUUUUGGGCAGCAUAAUUAAUGGGUUUGCUUUGCCAUUAAAGGAAGAGCACAAGCUCUUUCUUGUCCGUGCGCUGAUUCCUCUUCACAAGCCCAAGUGCGUGUCAAUGUAUCAUCAGCAACUUUCUUACUGUAUCACUCAGUUUGUGGAAAAAGAUUUUAAGCUUGCCGAUACUGUAAUCCGGGGUCUUUUAAAAUAUUGGCCCAUAACAAAUAGUUCCAAGGAGGUCAUGUUCCUUGGUGAGUUGGAGGAAGUUUUAGAAGCCACUCAGACAGCAGAGUUUCAGCGCUGCAUGGUCCCAUUAUUCCGUCAAAUUAAACGCUGUCUCAACAGUUCACAUUUUCAGGUUGCUGAGCGCGCAUUAUUUCUGUGGAACAAUGAUCAUAUACGAAAUUUGAUCACCCAAAAUAGGAAAGUAAUACUGCCGAUUAUCUUCCCAGCCUUGGAGAGAAACACUAGGGGUCAUUGGAACCAAGCUGUUCAGAGUUUGACUCUGAAUGUGAGGAAGAUAUUUUCAGAUGCGGAUCAAGAACUUUUUGACGAGUGCUUGGUUAAGUUUCAAGAAGAUGAAGUCAAGGAGAGAGAAGUACAAGAGAAGAGGGAAUCGAUAUGGAAAAGACUGGAAGACGUGGCAGCCUCUAAGGCCAUAAGCAAUGAGGCUGUUCUCGUCUCGAGAUUUGCCUCCUCCGUAGCGAUUAACUCUGCAACAAGUCCACGUGCCACUACUCCUAGUUGAGAGCCUCAGAGGGUGUAAAGCAUCAGAGUUCACUCAUUGAAUGACGCCAAGAUUACUUUGGCUUGAUAUGAACACCGAUUUGCCCUCUUCCUCUUGGCUGGACGGGUGCUAUUCGAUUUCUGGGCGGAACUGGCUAAUAUUUUUGGGUUUCGGGCUCAUUCUGUUUUAUUUUUUAUUUUCCGCCAUGAAAGUGUAAGUGUGUAUUAUAAGGGAUAUGAUUUAUAGAGACAGUGCUUCAGAUAUUUAUUGACCUGUAAUGAUACAAAGAAGAUUGAUUCUUCUGUGUUUUAGUAUAGAUGGCUCAUUCAUGUUUUUA